AUAUAAAUAAAUUUUAUGAAAUAUUCUCAACGGCGGGGUUGCCACCGCCUGGGCCCGGGGAGCAGAGCGGCUCCGCGGCUGCCCCGGCCGCGCCACCGCGGGAGCCGCACAGCGCCGGGCGCGGCGGCAGCCGGAGGCCCGCACCUGCCCCGCGGCCACGGGCCGGCACGGCCGCUCUGCGGGGCCGCCGGCGGGGCCGGAGGGCGGGCGGAACCUUCCUGGCGCCCGCCCCGCGGGGCGGCCGGCCCCGUGUCACCGCCGCACGCCCGGCGCUGGGAGCGGGGCGGGGCGAGCGCGGCGGGUCGGAGGCGGCCGGGACGAUGUGGGGCGGCAGCGGGGGGGUCCGCGUCCUCACCCGUGCCCUCGGGCGCCGGCGGGCGGCGGCCGCGCUGCCGGGGGCUGCGGGCGACAGGCCUGAGAGGGGCCUUUCAGAACUACAGCUGGAAAACGCAGCUGAAUUCCAGUAGUGCUCUGCCUGUCUCUCUGACCGAAAUAAAAAGCAGCAUGCUGACCAUGAAGAGACUUUUCAGCACUUCACACUCAUCAGUGGAUUCAGAGGAGAUGAAGAAAUUCCAGCUCCUUGCACAUAAGUGGUGGGAUGAAGAAGGAGAAUAUUCAGCCCUUCAUUCUAUGAAUGAUAUUAGAGUGCCAUUUAUUAGAGAUACUCUGUUGAACAUGAGUAGUAAUUAUCAUCUGGGAAAUCCACUUUCUGGAGUAAAGAUUCUCGAUGUUGGCUGUGGUGGCGGCCUGCUAAGUGAGCCUCUAGGUAGACUGGGAGCUUUGGUUACUGGAAUUGAUCCUCUUGAGGACAACAUUAGAACAGCAGAUCAGCACAAGUCAUUUGAUCCGGUCCUGGCCAAGAGAAUACAGUACAAGUCCAGCUCACUGGAGGAGAUUGUGGAAGAGUGUAUGGAAACCUUUGAUGUAAUCGUAGCUUCUGAAGUAGUGGAGCAUGUGGCUGACCUUGAAAUGUUUAUCAAGUGUUGCUCUCAGGUGUUAAAGCCGGAAGGUUCUUUAUUCAUUACUACAAUCAAUAAAACACAGUUGUCCUACAUCCUGGGAAUUGUGGUUGCAGAGAAGAUAAUAGGUGUUGUACCAGAAGGAACACACAAGUGGGAGAAGUUUGUUCCUCCGGAAGAGCUGGAGCGCCUCCUGGAAUCAAAUGGCUUUUCAGUUAAGACUGUGAAAGGGAUGUUGUACAAUCCCCUCUUGGGGUCGUGGAGCUGGAUGGAAAGCACAGACAUUAACUAUGCCCUGCAUGCUGUGAAAUCUGGGGCUCAGGAACAGCCAAGCCCAACAGACGCUUUGUCAGAGCUGGAAAAGGACCAGCCCUCAGCCACAGCUGGCACUGCCGUGUGACUGUCCGAGACGCGUGGUGACAGACUGCCACCAGGAACAGAAAAUAAGGUUUUACCCAGAUGGACAUAAUAAAACCUUUUGUAACAACAAGCUUGCUGUUUGUGUUAAUAAUACUUACGCUAUUUUUGGACAAAUAUUUUAGGUCAGUCUCAGAAAAAAAAAACAAGUGCCCAUUAUCUCAGGAAUUAUUUAAGACUGAAAUGAGCAAAGCUUUUAAAGCUUUAUGAGAAAGUAGUUUCAAAUUGUUGGUCAGGGAAAUGCAAGUUAUUCUGCCAGUACCUUGGAGGAAGCUUUUACGUGUGAUGGUAUUUUCAGUCCUACCAGGGAAACUCAGAUCUUCAUAGAGUAAUACCUUAAAUGUAGAAUGAGUUUAAAAUCACAGGUGUAUGAUAAAUAAAAUGCCUUAGAUAUUUAAGUUAUACAAUUGAGUCAGUUAAAUACACAAAACACUUAGAAACCACAAACACCUGUUUCUAUAUUAUGCUUUCUCCCUGAGAGGAGGAAAAAAACAAACCACACAACCAAAAAAAAAACAAACCCCAAACCAACCAAACAAAACCACCAGCAAACCUUUUCUUGUCAGGUUAUGCUGUUUCUACAGUCAAUGUGAGCUAACUGUGCAGUGGUGGAAGAGUUUCCUAGAGCAGAGUUGCCUCAGUGUCAGAAGCCUCUUAACAUCAAGGUACUUGUAUCUUGUCAGCUUUCUCCUUCUACCUGAAUAAAAGGAAGUCAGCUUGCAGGUAAAAUUUUACUAAGGAACCAGAAUGUUAUGCUAGGAAAAUGAUACAUGAGCAGUCUGUCCUAGAGCUGGAGUGCAAUACCUACUUGGUCUUAAAGUCCUAGUGCCAGGUUAAGGAGAAGUGUUGAACUGUAAUGAAAUACGACUUUCUAAAUAAAAUGUUGUGUGUGUCCGUG